GCGGCGUUCGCCGCCGCUCCCAUUUUGUUGCUCUGCUGGCUUCGACUAGCUCGCUGCACUAUGUUCUGCUGAACGUCUACACCAAGCCUUGUGGAUUUCACACCCAGCUCGCGAAGGAUUUGACGCCCAGCGAUCAAGAUGGGCCGAGGAGGCAUUGACACGUCGGCUAGUGGAAGGAGCCAUGACGUCAUCAAGCUCAACUUAGACACGUCGCUUGACAACUUGGACCUGUUCCACAAGAGCGUCCUGCCCUAUCAGAUUUCUAAGGUAUCGCCGAGAAUUGGCCGCACACUUCCCAGGGAGGAGGUUAGACAAGAUGACUGGCUGUCCCACUCGAUUGAGCAGGUCUGUCGCAAGACCCUCUACAAAAAUGUCCAAUACAGGACCAUAAACAUGUCUUCCGAAGUUGGCAGCGAAAAGGACGUGUGCUUUGUUGAGAAAGAUAAACUCGCAGAAAAAUCAAAAAUUGACACACCCGGUUCAACUCCGGUGCCGCCAGCUGCUGGGAUACCGAACAAUAAAGCGACCUGCAUGAAGACUCCAGAAAACGCCAGGAUCGCUCCGCCGAAGACGCCGAAGACGAGCACUCCCAAGAGCGCAUCCUCGUUCAUGAAGCGAUGCCGGAGGGGCAGCUCGUUCCGCCUGCUGCGCUCUUCUUCAGAGAAGAAGAACGUCCGCUUUGCUUCCACAGAGGAUCUGGCCGCCGAGGAACGCCACUCACCCUCCCUCGUGCCAUCAUCUGAGUCAAGGGUCAAAGCUGAAGAAGCGCUCGAAAGCAUGUAUGCUACCGUCAGUCCUAUCGUGCCAAAAAACCUCAAGGAUGUCUGUCGGAGGCUUCCUUUCGCUGACGAAGAGGCGAUGACGCCCGUAAAAAAACCGGAAACUUCCGAAUGCUCGUUCCUGAAUCCUGCCAUUCUUCCCCAGAACAGCCCCUUGGGACACUACCUGCAGUGGAUCGUUGAACAGUCGGGGCUGAGCUCCGUGCCUAGCGUCCGGCAGUGGCUCAAUUCGGUGCGCCUUUCGGUAGAGAACGAGUGCCUGAGCGCCUUGCAAAGCAAGUCUCUUACAAAGGACCCUGCUCUCGCUGCCGUACUGGCCGUCGGCGAUGCCCACGAUGCCAUCACGUCCCUGCAAGACCGCGUUGAUUCGGUUAUGGCAACCGUCACUCACCUGACCAGGAGGCUCGAACAGGGUCUCUGGAUUAAGUUCUGCAGCAGCACGCCCGGCCUCAGCUCGGAGGUGAACGAUCUACUGCGAGACUACAAGGCUGUCAUCCAUGGCUCAUCGCCGUAUUCGCGCAAAGUCGAGAGCCACCUGUACCGACUACUGCAAGAUCUCCGAGAGAUCGGAGCCAGGCCCAACCGCAAGCCUACUGAUCCGGAGUCCAUCAAAUCGCUACUGACAGACAUCAAGAACACCGUGCGGACGCUCAGCAACUCCCUCAUCUUGAAAGAACUGGAAAAAAUCGUGAAGAUGAGCGGCGAAAACCGGGCCCUGAGUUGCGCCCGGCGAUCAGUGGCCGCUUUGAGCAGCUUGGGCGAAACCGGUCCGGACAUGUGCGACCUGAUCACGCGAGUGGGAGGCAUCCGAGCACUGCUGUCGAUCGCUCAAGAUGUCCAGCUACGGCCGCUCAAGUGCGUCGCCAUCCGCGCGCUGACCAUCGUCUGCGGCCACUCGGUGGCCAUUCGGCAGCUGGAGCAAGCGGGGGGCAUUGAUUUCAUCGAGCGCACCCUGAGAGACGCCUGUCAACAGGAGAGAUGCGAAGCAGUUGGUUUGCUGGCCCAGGUCACUGCUCCGUGGGUCGACUGCACCGGUGGAACGUUGAAACAUAUGUCGAGACACAUGGACUCGCUGGUCUCCUCCUUAACCGGCAUGAUCGAGCAGGCCAGCAGCGGAGACGUGUUUCUGCUGUCCGCAGCGGCACUCGCCAACCUCUCCUUCCUGGACCGCGUGGCUCUGGAAUGCAUCCACAGGAACAAAUCUGUGCGUGCCCUCAUGCUGGCGACCAGGCAGAAGGACCUGGCCUGUUCCAUCUUUGCGAAGGAUCAGGUUUCCACAAUAUUAGCUAACGUGUCCGGUGGGACUCACUACCACGCGGACAUCAUCGAGUCCGGCGCGCUGACUCAGCUCGUCUGCUAUCUGCAACUUCGCCCUUCCAGCCUGCACAGCAGCGGAGAAGUGGAUGCCUGCGAACGCGUCCUGCAGAAGUCUGCCAUCGCACUAGCGCGCCUCUGUUCAUGCUCCAGCACAGCCGGCAUGGUCUUGCAAAUGCAAGGUGUGCAAAGACUUGUUCGCCUGUGUAAGGAACCAAAGGAACGCAACAGCAGCAACUCUGUCCUCGUGGCCUGUCUGGCAGCACUUCGCAAGAUCGCCACCUCUUCCGGUCACAAGGAUCUGAAGGACAUCGGUGCCACGGAGCUUGUGAAAGACCAUCUGUGGAACUCUUUCAAGCAAUAUUCGGUCGCCCACGAAAGCUAUGUUUAACGAGGGCCAGAACUUGCAGCGUUCUUGCGUUUAGGUGCACCUGUCGAUGCAUAUUUGAGAACUGAUCAAAGCUAGCCGUUCUCACGCAUACCCACGCGAAAAAAGAGUCUCUUAGUCAGAGUCGCCUCUGGUCUUCGGACCUGGGUUAGUCGAAGGCAGAGGGAGCCAGAACCCCGUGAUAGCGAGUCUUGAGUAUCUAUAAGAGGACUAUAUGUCAUUGUCAAUAGACCAUUGUAGUGAAGAACGGUAUAUAUAUUUCCGGUUUCCUUUACGGAUGAGUCUGCUAGUUGAGUAAUCCAGCACUAAUGCUAGAAUUAUGUCCCCGUGACGAAACACGUCUAGUCAUACCUAGUCUCUCAAAACUAUAAAUAGUGCACGCCAUAUCAAACCCUGCACUCUGUGGACUCGAAUUGCGACAGUAGUAAGUCAUUCAAUUGAUUACCACAGAUUGUAAAGUAGGCAAUUUUUUAUCGCGAGAGCUCGCGCAAAUGAUUGUUUCAUGUUGCUUUAUGUUGCUUUUUGAAGUACAGCUCGUGGCCAAAGACUGAUGUAUGUCGCAGUUAUGAUUUUAUGUUUUCUGUGUGUCCCAGUGAAAGUGCUGGAUCCCUGCGAGUCCUGCUCGUGAUUCAGGUGUUUUAACUUUUAUGUACACCAUUAAAUUCAGUUACUUGAGACUGAAUGUGUGUAAAUAAACUGACAUG